AUGGCGGCGGAGAUCCAACAGCAGGACGCUGCCGGGGAAAUCGUGAUUGCCGGCGCCGGGCUGGCCGGCCUCGCCGUCGCCCUGGGGCUCCAUCGUAAGGGCGUUCGGUGCGUGGUCCUGGAGUCGUCGCCGGUGCGCCGGACGUCCGGGUUCGCCUUCUUUACGUGGACCAACGCCUUCCGCGCGCUCGACGCCCUCGGCGUAGGCGACAAGAUGAGAGGACGGCAUCUGCAGCUUGAGGGGGUGCGUGUGGUGUCUUCGUCUACCGGGAAAGUGGCGCAAGAAAUGGACCUCCAGGUCAAAGGAAAAUUAGGGCCUCACGAGGUCCGGUGCGUGCACCGUAACGUGCUGCUCCAGGCCCUGGAGGAAGAGCUGCCAGCGGGCACCAUCCGCUACUCGUCCAAGAUCGUCUCCAUCGACCAGGACAAGCACAGCAGCGCCAAGAUCCUCCAUCUCGCCGACGGCGCAACCCUCAGAGCCAAGGUACUCAUCGGCUGCGACGGGAUAAAUUCCGUGGUGGCCAAAUGGCUGGGCCUCGCCAAGCCCUCCGACUCCGGCCGCCUGGCCACCAGGGGCCUCGCGCACUACCCCGACGGCGGCCACGGCUUCGAGCCCAAGAUCCUGCAGCUCGUCGGCGAGGGCUUCCGCGCCGGCGUCGUGCCCACCAGCGACACGGACGUCUACUGGUUCUUCAUCUGGUCCCCUUCCCCGGACGGCAAGGACGGCGCCGUGGACCGGAGCCCCGCGGCGAUGAAGCAGUUCGUGCUGACCACGAUGCGGGGUGCCCAGGUGAGCCCCCAGGUGCUGGAAGCAGUCGAGAGGAGCGAGAUGAGCGACGUGCUCGCCGCGCCGUUGCGGUACCGUCCCCCGCUCUCUCUCCUGUUCGCCAGCAUCAGCAAGGGGAACGUCUGCGUCGCCGGCGACGCGCUCCACCCCACGACGCCCGACCUGGCCCAGGGCGCGUGCACCGCGCUCGAGGACGGCGUCGUCCUGGCCCGGUGCCUCGGUGAUGCCAUGGCGGCCGACGGUGCCGGGGAGGAGAAGGAGAGGAUUGAGGUGGCACUGCGCAGGUACGGCGGCAUCCGGCGGUGGAGGAGCGCGCAGGUGAUCGCAGCGUCCUACGUUGUAGGGUUCUUUCAGGAGAGUGAUCACCCCGUCGUCAGCCUUGUGCGCGACAAGCCGCUGUCGGGGGUGCUCGCCAGGACGCUGCUCAUGAUGCCAGACCACGACUGUGGCAAGCUCUGAAGUCUAGUACGGAGUAUAUAUACUAGCGUAUAUCUAAUUUUUU